CUUGAAUAAACUAUAUAGCCCAGGCUGGCCUUGAACUCAUAAAAAUUCUUCUGCCUCAGCCUCCUGAGUGCUGGUGGUAUCUGUGGAUGCUGCCCUCAGGUUUGCCUUUUAAGACUGACCCUCUCCUCAGUAUAGGUUGGACUGCAGUGGCUGAGGUUUGGGCAGCAGGGCUGGCUUAGCAGAGGGGUGUGUGGAAGAGACCUAGAUGCCUCCUGUGCAUAUGUGUGACUGUUUUGUUUUAGCCAUGCAGCAUGGUGGAGCCUGGGCACCCAAGGUAGCAGACUGUCUUCUUGGUCAGCCCUGAGCAUUUUACCCUCACUGACUUCCCCAGUAACCUAAGCAACAGCAUCAGCCUUGGUCCAUCCUAAGGACCAUGGAUGCUAAGCUCUGUGCAGUGCUUAAGAAAGAGCCAGGGGGAAAAAAGAAGACAAGAAAGAGCCAGGGAAGACUGCCCUUGGGGACUCUGAGCCUGAUAGUAUAGAGGAAGGUAAGUUCCUACUCCAGGGAGCCUCUGGACUGGAUGGGAAAGCAUGGCUUCUUGGAGGGGGUCAACAAGAAAACAAUCCCAGCCCAGAUUGAGCCUGGAAGCUAUUGGGGUAACUGGGGCUGAUAUGAGUCUUAAGGAAGAUAGGAAGUAGCUUGACCUCUUAGAAUUGAGCCCAGGGCAGUGGUGUGACAGCAAGGUGGGAGGGCACAUUCUCGGGAGCUCUCCAAGGUGAGGUUGAGCUCUGCGGAGGUGGUGACGGGCAGGCCGCUUUGCUGUCCGUGGUGCUGAACGUUCUGAGCCCAUGCCCUGGCCUCAUUCCUUUGGUAAAUACUGCUUUUUGCCCUCCCCACCUCUCUGCCAUCAUCUUCUUCUCAUUUUCUUUCCAGAUAUCCGAUAACCAUAUUGCUGCCCCCCCCACCAGAGCCUCACCCACUCCCUCGUGCCAACCUGCCUCUUGGGCUCUUUUGCCCGUAACUACACCCAGAAAUGGUCCUUCACAGUCUGUUUCCCACGGUCCAUGCCUUGCCAGUAAGAUUAUCAGAAAUAGGGGUGCCAGUGUGGGGAGCAUUUGAAAGUUAUGUAGGGAUGUUUGGAGUUGUCACGGUGGCUUGGGGUUUAUUGGCAUUUAGCAAAAUGGGAGUCAAACAAUUGACUCUACUGAGAUGCCAAUAGCUCCAUUAGGAACCAACUGACAUUAUUUUUUUCUUAGAGGGGAAACUGAGGCCAAGAGGGAAGAUACUUACCCAUGGUCACCUAGCCAGCCACAGACAAAAAUCUAGAUUAUAGGCUCCCAUCUCCCAGCUAGGGUUCUGGACUACUCCAGGUGACUCCUUAAACCAGAAACUAUUGGUGUCUGAGUGGAGAACAGUCGUGCUUCAGUCAUUCUUGCCACAGGCCAGGGCCACUCUGGGGACAGGGACUAGGCUUCCUAAACCACAGAGCCUUGCAAAAGAAGACCCUGCCUGCAUCAAACAAACCCUAAUGCCCCCAGCAGGCCACAGUGCACACUAUUGGCAUCGAUCCUCUGCAGGGGCACCUGUGUUGCUGUGGUAACGGGCACCUACCUCGCUGCAUCCAUCUCCACAGUUCUGGCCUGGCCACCUACCCUCAGGCUUUCCACGCCCAUCCUCCUGUGGUUCCAGUGACAGGAUGGGGGGCCUUGCUCGCUUCUGUCCAAAGCUGUGCCUGAGGCCUUGGCACCCGCAUUAGCAGCAGUGCUUCCUCAAAGGACAGAAACGUCUGUCUUCAAGUUCUCCCGUGCCUCAUCCCCAGAUAGGGCUGGGGCCCUGGAGGGACACCCUUCCCAUCCCCACAUCCCACAUCUCACACCCUAAUGCCCGGAGCUCAGCAGAUCUAAAUGAGUUCAAUUUAGCCUGUGUGGACUCACUGGCUGGCUCCUGUGGAGGGAUGCAAUGAUCCGGUAUGGUCUCUACCUGCUUCUCUGUCCCCAGGAAGCUCAAGUGCAGUAGCAAAGGAUUAGAACCGAAGAGAAAAAGUCCAUAAUGAAUUAUGGCAAAUGCUCUAGAAUACAUUUUUGUAUUGCAGACUAUGGAUUGUGGGAUAAUAGUGGACUGUGAAAUGAAUUUAGCGGGUCAUGACCAGUAUUUGAAUAUGAAAUGAAAAGAAUACAUUAGAAUAGAAUAGAGAGGAAAACAUUAUAGCUGUUGUCAAGAUAAAUUUUGCUUUAUAAAACUGGAUUCAAAUAUGGGUGGGUGAGAGCCGGGGAUUUAGCUCAGUGGUUUCACCACCUGCUGCUCAAAUGUAAGGACCUGAGUUCCAUCCCAGGUACCAAAAGAAAAAUGUGGGGGGUGUGCUAAAGUGUGUUACAAAAAUAUGUGUUAGUGUAGUUCAAGCUCAAAAAUAUGUGUAGUGAAAUGUGAAGGCCUGUGGUCUAAAAGAUGGGAAUAAACAGAAGAAGGAAGUACUUAAAGAAAAAAAAGGGAUUGCUUCAGACCUGGGGUGCUGGGCAAGGGCCCAUAGAGGAGGUGGCAUUUGAAGUGGGGUAUAAAAGAUAGGUAGGGGCCAGGGAUUUAGCUCAGUGGUGCCACUGCCUGCCUCGCAAGUGCAAGGUCCUGAGUUCGAUCCCUGGUACAGGAAUGAAUAAAUAAAUAAAUAACAGAUAGGUAGGAGUUUGUCUGUGAGCAGUGAGUGAGUGUGAGGAGGGUACUUCAAGGGAUGGAUCAGUGCAAAGCCAGGUAUGUCCCAGGCCUUAGUGCAAACCUCAGCUGCCAUGUGAAGUGGCAGCCGGGGGGCUGAGGAAGCUGGAGUUUAUUCUCAAGAACAAUAAAGAAGCCUUGAUGACAUUUAAGCAGGAAAAAGCAUGGACCAGAAGAAGUAGGGAGGCAAGAAAGGAGGAUGUUGUGCCAAUUCAGGCAAGAAGACCCAGAGAGAUGGGCAGAGGGAGCAGGUUCCAAAAAAAGCAGAGGAGACAGAAUGCACAGAACUUGGCACUUCUGGGGCAUCAAUGUGAGGACAGAAAAGGUCCCCGUGGUAGCAUCUCCAUCCAGACUGCUCUCAUCCACAAGUCCACCCUGUGGACAGAGUCACCAUGAGAAAUGAGCAUUCUGAGCUCUGACCUCAGGGAGCCCCCAUCUUAUCAAAGAUAGCAGACUCGCCCACAUGGACCACUCAGAGCUGGCCAGAGUGCAGGGUGCCAGCCAUCAGGACUGGGGGUGCUCAAGAAAACAGUGGAAUGGAGCAAUCAGAGAGGCCUUCCUGAAGGAAGUAGCCUAGUACUGAACUUGAGGAAACUGGAUAACAUCUAUAAAUAUUUCCAAGAAGGCAAUGUUUUCUACCCUUUGAGCCAUAACCAGGACCAAGGUCUAUUUUAUACCACACAGACCUGCUCAGAGGGACUUUAAAGCCCUAUCAGAAAGAGACUGUGCCUUUUGCAAAAGGACCUGCCCUCCAAGGAAAUCUUUACUGCUUUAUUCAGUGAUGUCAGUGGCCUCACAUGUUGAGGUAACCCCUCCCUCUCAGGAGCUCAAAUGUCACUGAGGAAGACAGUUCCAGGCUUUAGAUGCUCAAAGCCUACCUGGGAAAGUCAGGUUCCAGGGGCAGGGACAAGGGGCAGGUCUGUUUUUGAGGGUCAGAAUCAGUGAGAGACCACAUAGUCCCCAACAGACUUGCUGGACCCAGCCAGAUGUGGCUCAGGCUGCUGGGCCCUGGAGGCAGGACUGGGCCAGUACCAACCCUGAACUUGAAAAAUCUAUGUACUCACAGCAGCAAAUUAAAGAAUAAUUAAGCUAAUAGAAUCUCCCCCGUUGUUUUGCUCUUUGGCAAGUGUUCCUCAAUGAUUCCAUUGCUUUUAACUCAACGGAAGUGGAUUUUUAAGUAAUUUAAUUAUUUUAGAACUUAUUGUUUCCAAAAACAAUCUAAGGUCCCCCCUCCAGCUCUGUGACUCUGCGCUCUGUGAGUGAUUUGUUUUAAUUAGCUUUAUAUUGUAUAUCUAACAUAAGCCAACAAGAAGCUCCACAGCAACUGCCCACUAGCCAGAGGGCAGAACCUUGGCCCAAAGUUCCUCAACAAUGGAUCACUCUGAAUCUGUAAUCAAGUGGGGGAGGGGGGAGGCGGAAGGCAUGCUGAUGGGUCACAGAGGUGAGCCACCCCCUUCUCCGUGGGAGAGGCCUCCCAGCGGGGGUCGAGGGAGGGCAUUCUGCAGGGAGUGGCUUCAGGGCUCGCCUUCACAGUAAGGGCUAGGAUGGAGAGAAAGGCGAGCACACAGUUUUCAGUCUUCUCACAUUUCCCUUUGAUAAAACCUGUACUUUUGCACUCCAGCCAUUGCUGCUCCAAAAUACCUUCUCGAAUGUCACAUCCCAGCUUUGAUACAGAUGCUGGCUGUCAAGUAACUAAACACAUCACAUGAUCUCCCGGGCAGCAGGAGCUCAAAGGCAGACACACAGUCCUGUGUCCCCAGGUUCCCCUCAUCUCCCUUUGCCACAACUUGGCAGCCUAAAGGUCAAGAAUAUAAGACCUGGAGCCAGACCUGCUGGGCUGGAAUCUUCUUGUCAUCCUUGCAUCCUUGGCAAGGGCUUAACCUUUUUUUUUUGGCCUUGGUUUCCUCCUCUGUAAAAUGAGCAGCAUCACCAGCCUCUCAUAAGGCUGUCAUAAGGAUUGAGGAGGGGAAAAGACCCGGCACAUGGAAACACAUGUAUACAGAUAGUAGCUACUGUGAAAAUGCAGCUGCUGAUAUUGGUGAAAAGAAGUGCAGAGCUCCUAACUGUAAAAUGAUUGAGGCAAGAAUGGCAAUUCUUUGUUGUGCUAAAAAGCAACAAAUCUUCAGCCAUAACUCAGUGCUCACAAUUAGGUUCGGUUUUGUAGCACAAAGCAAAACAAAAUGAAAGAAAAUGUGCAAAGAGCUACUCAAAGAUUCUACUAAAAUAGAUAUUAACAUAUUCUUUAGCUAAUAUGUAAAAUAAGCCUUUUGUGCAACUUUCACAUAAAUGACUUUCAUGUAAACUUUCAGACAUGCAUUGUGUUUCCGGGCCCAGGGAAGCUAAGGAAUGUGGACCUUAUCCUUCAGGCACCAGGAAGCCAGAGAGGGUUCUUGAGGAGGGAAGUGAGUGACCUGACUCUUGGUGGUUGGCAUCUUCUGUAGGGAACACCUACCGAGAAUGCUUAGAGAACGGGACAUGGGCCUCAAAGAUCAACUACUCACAAUGUGAGCCCAUUUUGGAUGACAAGGUGAGUAGCCCCACCGCCCCAACCCUGGUCCUUAUACAGGUAUUGGGACUCACGUUGGACACAGAGGAUCCCAAGGAUGACAAAGCCCAUCCUACAUCACCCCGCCAUUCCUUUUGCACUUCCUGCCCUGCCACUGUGCCCCUGUUCUGUGCUCUGUGACACUGUGGUGGGAGUCGGGAAGGAGGGCAGGCAGUCCCACCUCCAGGACAGCUUGGGCUGAUGGAGGACACAGCCAAGGGGGCAUGGGACACAAAAAGAGUGCUCCCUAACACCUAAAGGCUGUGUUCCGCCAAGCCUCAGUUUCCCCAUCUAGCACGCUGAAUCUGAGACUCCUUUUGGAAUCAAGUGCAGCCCCGAGGGCUGGGCCCGUGUGAAGUGGGGCCUGCUCCAGCUUUCUCUGCAACUGGAGUCUUUUGGCAAUUUGUCUAGAGUCAGCAGCACUUGGUGAUAACACAAAGUGAACUGACUUAGCUGGUCUGAGAAGCAUCCUUCAAAGCUCUGCAGAUGUGCCCUCCUCAUAGCUACACCUGGGGCAGACCCCAGACUUCUCUCUGCCACUGCUCCUGAGGCGGGAGAGCAAGUUGGCCCACUCUACAGAUAUCAGAACUGAGGCCCAGCUCAGCCUCAUUCUCAGUUGCUCAGCCAGCUCAGGUAUGAGCAGAGCCUAAACCCAUUGUUUAGAUUUCUUUAGAUUUCUAUUUUUUCAAAUCUGUGCCUAUAUCUCUGGGAUAUCUUAGAAUGGACUACAUCCAAAUGUGCCCCCAAAAUGCAUAUUGGGACAGCUGACCAUGGCCAUUUAUAAUGACUAGACCCACCAAGGCCCCCUGGGACAAGUUCUAGGAGCCAGGCAUGGGGGUGGAGGGACACAUAGGCCCCCGAAGUUAGGACACACAGGAAUGGCCAUGGCUGGAGUGCCCAGCCCCAUGCUAUGCCCACUGCCUCCAUCUGCCAUGUUUGUUAUCCAUCCAGCAGAGGAAGUAUGACCUGCACUACCGCAUUGCUCUUGUGGUCAACUACCUGGGCCACUGUGUUUCCAUGGUGGCGCUGCUGGCCGCCUUCCUGCUUUUCCUGGCCUUGCGCCCAGCUGGACCCUAACCCCAGGCAUGUUGGAGCUCUGACCCCAGGGGACCUGGCCCGGCUGACCUGGGCUCACCUGGCCUGUCCCAGAAGCAUCCGCUGCCUGCGGAAUGUGAUCCACUGGAACCUGGUCACCACCUUCAUCCUGCGAAACAUCAUGUGGUUCCUGCUGCAGCUCAUUGACCAUGAAGUGCACGAGAGCAACGAGGUGUGGUGCCGCUGCAUCACCACCGUCUUCAACUACUUUGUGGUCACCAACUUCUUCUGGAUGUUCGUGGAGGGCUGCUACCUGCACACGGCCAUCGCCAUGACCUACUCCACUGAGCGCCUGCGCAAGUGGAUCUUCCUCUUCAUUGGAUGGUGUGUCCCCUGCCCCAUCAUCGUCGCCUGGGUCAUUGGCAAACUGUGUUAUGAAGAUGAAAAGUGCUGGUUUGGCAAGGAGCCCGGCAACCUGGUGGACUACAUCUACCAAGGCCCCAUCAUCCUCGUGCUCCUGAUCAAUUUUGUGUUUCUGUUCAACAUUGUCAGGAUCCUAAUGACAAAAUUACGAGCAUCCACCACGUCUGAGACAAUCCAGUACAGAAAGGCGGUGAAGGCCACCCUGGUCCUCCUGCCCCUGCUGGGCAUCACCUACAUGCUCUUCUUUGUCAACCCUGGUGAGGAUGACCUGUCGCAGAUCGUGUUCAUCUAUUUCAACUCCUUCCUGCAGUCUUUCCAGGGUUUCUUUGUGUCUGUCUUCUACUGUUUCUUCAAUGGAGAGGUGCGCUCAGCCGCGAGAAAGAGGUGGCACCGCUGGCAGGACCAUCAUUCCCUCAGAGUGCCUGUGGCCCGGGCCAUGUCCAUCCCCACAUCACCCACGAGGAUCAGCUUCCACAGCAUCAAGCAGACAGCGGCUGUGUGACCGCUGGGCCACUCAGCUGCCCAUGACUCCACCACAGGGGCAGCUCCCCACCGUCCUCCUCUUUCUCCCUUCUUAUUGCACAGCCCCAGGGACACAGGAGAAGGGAGAGGAGCGUCCAGCCCUCCUCCCUGGCAGAAAAGCAGCUGUGCAAGAGGAAGAGGGCUCUGAGGGAUGCAGGGCCUGCUGUGGCCGAAAGUCUCCAUGCAAGAAGGAGCAGAGGAGGGUCACCAUGGAACUCCCAAGAAGAGCAGGGAAGAUGUCUUUAGGCACUUGCCCACCCCAGCCUCUCUGAAUAGAUCUUCACUGUCGCCCCACUCACUGAUGAAGAAGGCCAGGGAAGAGGCCUACCCAAGUCACAUGGCUCAUUGCUGCAGUCCCAGUGCCCACAGCCCCGUGGCAGUUUACCCUGCUCCCUGUUUUUUGCCUCCACACUCAAGGGUGCUCUCUGCCGCUGGGACGUCAAGGGUUUUCCAGCUGGCUUCAUCUGAGGGUCUGGCAACCAGAGAAGCCUCCCUUGCGCCCUCCAUGACUGGCUGUCCCUCCCCUCUCCCCAGCCAUCUCCUCCUUGGGGCUUCAGCCAGGAUGCUGCUUCCUCCCUGGGGACCUCUUCUCAGCCCAGUGUUCAGACUGGGCACUUGGAAGAGGCAGAUAAGGAGAAAGAGACAGCCAGCAAAGCCACACCCGUAGGCCAACCAGAUACACAGCACAGAAAAACUGGGGAGCAAAAGUAUGGGGGUAGGAGGGAGGAGUGGUGGGGAUACUGGCUUUGGUGAUGAGAACAAAUCCCCCAGUUCCUUGUGCGCCUGGGUGUCAGCCUCCCCUGUGCUAUCUGUGAAAUAAACCAUGCCUCAGGAAUUGGCCUCCCCUCGGGUCACGUGACCAGGAUUUGAGUGGUGUGGGCCAAAGAUGGGAGCUAGGUCUGCAGGCCACAGCCAUGUCUCCCCUCUGUAGUGGACACUGGCCCUGGCUGGGGUGGACCUUCCUCUCUAACCUGUGGAGUUUGGAGUCACCAUGCUCAGAGCACCCACGCAUCCCUUUAUCUCUCCUCAGGCUAAAACCCACCCCCAGCCCCAAAGGCAGUUGACUGACUCAGCAUGGAAGAAGUGUGCAGCUCAGCCUGCAAAGCAGACCUGUCCCAGUGGCCAAAGCCCCAGACUCUGCAGGGACAGACAGACAAAGCUUCUCAGGCUAUUUCUGGUUUAUUUUCCAUCCCCGUCCCCCUCAAGGAAGGUAACCAGAAUCUAGAGAGAAGCCACUAGGCCAUUAGUUUGAAAAUGGGCUUUUGCUCUAGAUACCCCCAUAAAAAUAAACUUUGAAAAAUUAUGUAUCCCACCCUGCACAUUCUUAACUUGGUAUUUAAUAAGGUUUUAACAGUGCAAAGGAUGUGAUCUCUAGCAUUUGGUAAAUAUUUACAUUUUAAAAUAAAACUGCCAUAAUACUUUAAAAUAUAUCAUAUGGAAUCUAAACACUGCAGUGAUUUAAUAC